AUGUUCAGAGGAACUAGAACAUUACCUGACACAAGAAGUGUAAUCAGAGGGUUGGCCUCACAUCAUCAAAGCCAACCGUUGUUACCACCGUUGAUGCUUUACAGAAGAAUCCUUAGGGAACAUAAGCAUCUACCAGCCAUACAGAGGGAAAUGGGGGAUGAGUAUGUGAAGAACGAGUUCAAAUUGCAUCAGAAUAUUGAUAACCCAUUACAUAUUGUUGGGUUCUUGACUAGCUGGCAGGAUUACUUGACGUUGAUCAGCAAUGGGAAUUGGAAGGAGGCUAGUAUGAAUGCAACGACGUUGGAGAAAUUAUCACCAGACCAAGUUACACAGUUAUAUGAGCUAAUGAAGGAAUCAGAAAAGCUAUAUAAGGAUCCAAAUGAAGAAACUGAAAAAGAUGAAAUCUUGGGAACAAACCCAUCUAAGAAAUGA